AUGGGCAGGAGGAAUGAGGCACAGCUGUUCGCAGUACUGCUUGCAUCGGGCCUUCCCGGCGUCCUCAUCGUCGUCAAAUCAUCAUCGAUUCCUGAGUCCUUGAAGCGGCAGCGGCAGCAGCAGGAGCAGCAACAGGCCGGCGUUGUCGAUGCCUGGAUGCUGUCGGCAUCGUUGCUAUACAAAGCUCCGUUCUCCUGCUCUUCUACUACAGGCUUUCUUCCACCGUCAAAAUAUGCCUUUUUUUUCAAAAGACCUCUUGUACAGCUAUUUUCAUAA